AUGGCUCGUGUUGGUUGCAUCCCACACGGUACAACGGCGAUUGUCGUCCAGAUAAUUUUGUACUUUCUCGCUGCCUUUUUCGGAUAUUUCGUUGUCAUUCCUCUUGGAAUUACCCUGAGGAAUUUUCACGGAGCAUGUAUUCUAUUUGCCGAAAUAGUGCCCUGGCAAAAGUACGUUAUCUGGCCGUGGAAUGAACCUUCGUGUCUCUACAUCUUGUACAUGAACCUGGCCGUCAAUAUUUUCUACGCCACUUUCAUGGGAAUUGUCAACUUGCUCAUCUACUCAAAAAAAUGCUUGGAGAAAAAGAGCAUAUUAGAUUGGAACAUUAGUUAUAUAUUGAGAGCGUUCAAUCCUGUCUUCUUAGUCAUCAACUUCUUCAUCAUGUUUCUUGAAAUCUCUGGAGCCAGUGUCAUAACCGCCGGCUUCUCAGACUUUUGCAACAGAACUGAGACGUUCAUCAUGAAACAUCCUAAUGUUCUUGAGUUGGGUCUCCAGAAAGACAUCAACUACAACUGUCGGAGCCUUGGUAAGGAAUCAUUAUUUUGGAGCAAGUUAUCAGUUGUGAGGGGUGUGACACACGGAGUCAGAGGGCACAGCUUCUAUGGCUGUCUCGUCGUUGCUUCAAUAGCGUCAUGGAUCCUGUUUAUUCUGUGGUUGGCUCAGCUGGCACUGAACGUUCUAAUGACGUGCAGAGUUUGUUCGUGCGAAGUGGCCGAGGAGAAGAAGAAACCUGACAAGACAGCCAUCAUCGCUCAGAGGAGGUCUCAAUUCGCCACCCCGAUCGCCACACCAGGGGGCAUGAUUACUCCAUCAAGAGGGCUCAGCCUUCCCAAUCCCAUGGGGGCACAAUACAAAAGUAUGACACCCAUGGGUGGGAGUUAUCCACCCCCUAGAGAUAAUAACGAUCCUCCCGCUUACGCCAGAGUUCCGGAAUCUUCGAUGGCAGCCGGAGUGAGGCCACCGCAUUCUCCUGCCGAGUCGAGUACUCCACCUAAAAAGGAUCUAUCCCUUGUGGACAGUCCCUCUCCCAGGCAACUGCCACCACCGAAACAAAAACAAAUUUAUCGUAAAAACGCACCGUCCGGUGGUUUAUAG